AUGGAGACCAAACGUAUUAUAUUGAUAAUUGCAAUAACAUAUUCAAUUGCAGAAUGUAAAGUGUUCACGAGAUGUCAACUGACAAAAGAACUUCUAAGGAAUAGUUUUCCAAGAACUUUUAUUAGCAACUGGGUGUGCAUGAUCGAACAUGAAAGCGACAGAAACACCGCUGCUCUUGUUGUAAAAUCUCCAAGGAAGAAAUAUUACGGAUUAUUCCAAAUAGGAAGCGAAUUUUGCAAAGAAGGUCGCAGAGGUGGAAAAUGUGAUAUUACGUGUGAAGCUCUCUUAGAUGAAGAUAUCAAAGAUGACAGUUUGUGUGCUCUUAAAGUUUUCGAUCAGGAAGGUUUUAAGUAUUGGUCUAAAUGGGGGACAAGGUGCAAAGGACAAACAUUACCUGAUGUCGAAAAAUGUCCAGAAUGGCUUAAUUUCUAAACAACGAUGAACUACAAAGAUUUUUAAACUGUUAAUGUUAAUA